AUGGAUUCAGAUACCUCAUCAGCCUUUCAGAAUAAUCUCACUUGCUCCAUCUGUAUGAACUACUUCCUAGACCCUGUCACCAUAGACUGUGGGCACAGCUUUUGCCGUCUCUGCCUGUACCUCAGCUGGGAGGAGGCCCAAAAUCCAAAGCGCUGCCCUGAGUGCAGAGGAGUCUCAGAGAAGCCAGAUUUCAAAACCAACAUUGCACUAAAGAGCCUGGCUUCCAUUGCCAGAGAGGCCAGAGCUAACUACAUCAAGAGCCCUGAGGAGCAGAUCUGUGUGGCACACAAAGAAGCAAAGGAGCUCUUCUGCAAGGAUGAGAAGGACCUGCUCUGUGCAGUCUGCUCUGAAUCCCCAGAGCAUGCGGCUCACAGCCACAGUCCAAUACAGUGGUCUGCUGAGGAGUACAGGGAGGAACUUCAAAAGAGAAUGAACUCUUUAUGGAACUUGACUCAAGAAAUGAAAAACAAUCUGACGGAAGAAGCUAAGAAAACCAAGUCAUUAAAGGACUACAUGGCCAGUAGGAGGGUGAUGAUCAAAGCUGAAUAUCAGAAGAUGCAUCUGUUUCUCUGUGAGGAGGAGCGACUCCAUCUGAACACCAUGGAGAGAGAAGCAAAGGAGAUCUUCCAACAACUCAAGGAGAGUGAACUCAGGAUGACCCAGCAGAAAGAAAGCCUGAAAGGAAUGUUGAGAGAGCUGACUGACAUGUGCCACAAGCCUAACCUGGAGCUGCUCCAGGAUUUGGGAAAUAUAUUGGAAAGAACUGAACCAGUGCAGAUGCAAAAGCCUCAGCCAGUGAAUCCAGAGCUCACUUUAUGGCACGUCACUGGAAUCCCAGAUAUGCUAAACACCUUCAGAGUGGACAAUGUUCUGAGUGCAGAAACCAUCAGUCGCAGUAUAAGCCUUCAUAAUGGUGUUAGUGUGAUGUUUGGAGGUGAUCAUGAAGGCACAUCCAGAGAGCCCCAGAGAGUGCACAGUUUUGCAGCAUGGGGAACUCAUACCUUCACCUCUGAAGGUGAGUGGACCAGUAGGACUAACUACACAAAGAGGAAGAAGGAGGAGGAAGGUGCAGACUGGCACAGCAUGACAGACUAA